AUGUUCCCCAGUGAUCUAUCCAACGGCCUCCAGGACCAAGUAAUAAGACCAUACAUUCAUGGCAUUACUCCUAUGCUACGAAGAUUCUCCCGCUCCUCGCCCUACAAGCUUUCGUCAUACAAACCUCGCAAGUCUGAACCCUACGCGUCCUACAUUCGCGGACUGAAAAUCCCUGCACGACAUGGCGUACCGGACUUUCUUCUGCAUGGCCUCGGAAACGAUCCGGAGAUGGAGAAAUGUAUACGGGAGGUUCUUGAUUCUCCAGAAUCCCCUCAAGUCAAGUGGCUUAUCAAUACUAGUGGAUCCGGGAAAACUAGGCUAGCCUUCGAGGCACUCUGCCUUCACUUCGGCUUCUACAUCACAGCUAAGGUGGACGGCAAUGCCCUCGGCUCCACGGAUCUGAGCAAUCUCGUGGAUCGCUACCUUGAAGAGGUGGUCAGCCAUGUUCCCACUCGGUUCUCGACUGCCCCCGAGCGUGAAUGUGCUUUCGAACAUAACGCGAGGCUCGCAAAAAUCGUCGUCGCUUGCCUCCUCUUGGCUCGUUUCUCCAUUUUCGAGAGCUUCCUCGAGCUUGCACGCGAGGCCGCGGAGGGGCAGCUAUUGCAAGAGCAUAAACGCUCCUGGCUCCUACUCCAGUUGAUGCCAGUGCUUCCGCAGAAAGACAUCGCCGCAUCAGUAUCCUCUUCCAUACCUCCUCCCUCGCCGAACGCAGAUAUUUUCACCGAGCUUUCAUCGCGCAUCAUCAACCACGUCAAAAGCCUCGAGAACCAUACGGAACUCCUGAGCGAUCACUGCACCAAACUCGAGGACGCAGUCAUUGCCACGCUCACAUCCUGUCUCAACUCCAUCGCUAGAGAUUUCCCCGGCGACAACAACGCAGACGCAGACGCUCAGUCAGGCUGUGACUCAGACACCGAAUCGGACUCGCCCUCGGGAAAUGGCCACGCAAAAGACGAACGCGCCCUCAUUGUUCUCGAUGAGGCUCAGUUUCUGCUCGACAAAUGCCCUUUUGCCUUCAAGGCGACAUCUGCACCCGACGGGGGGCGCCCUUUCCUUCGACAAAUCAUUGCGAGCUUCAUGACCGUCAUCGGCACCUGGCCCCAGAAUUUCAACAUACUCGGGUUGGGCACAGGAUUGUCAGCCCGUCAGGUAUCGGAAGCUCUGCUUACGAUGUCUGGCAAGAGAGCUAGCUCUCUCAUAACCAAGGCGCUGGGCAGCUUCGACGACGAGCAUACUAUACGAAAAUAUGUUUCUCGGUUCGUUCCUGCAAGCCUGGUCGAGACUAAUACUGGCAAACGACUUCUUAACCGGAUAUGGAGAUGGCUACGGGGACGGCCCCGCUUCCUUGCAAACUUCAUCAGUGAUCUCAUCCGGAACAAUUAUCAAUCGCCCCAUAGAGUCUUGGAUGCCUACGUUCACGCGCGAACUGGAUGCCAUCUACAAGACGCGCGUGAGUAUGUCAAGCGCGAGCCGCCUCUUGCCAAAACCUUUAGCGUCGCGCAAUCGGGAUGUGUUCUUCCUGUCGACACUUGGUCCGAGAGCUUACGGGAUACAUUCGCCACCAUGGUCGCAAGUUAUCUGACCCAAGGCACAGUCAAGGUUGUCUCCGGCGAUGACGAGGACGAGAUGAUCCGAUACGGUGUUGCAAGGUUCUCGAGACAACACGAAACGGAACAAGCGCAUGUCGACGAGCCCUUGGUCUUUCUCCAGGGUGCCGCGUACUUUGACGUGGACAAAUGUGGCACGUCGCGAACAUCACUUUACAAGAUCUUCGGGCAGCGGAUCCCCGAUCAUUCUUCGUCGAUGAUCCGGGAUGGCUUCGAGGAAUAUAUCCUCUACAUCACCAUGCGCUUCGUCCUCAAUGAAGCGCAGCGCGUCGAUGAACUCUUCUGGUUCUUGGUCAUCCCUGAAUGGGCCAAAGCGCGCGCCGAACUCGUCUCCAUCCUUCGCGAUGUGAAUGGGGAGCUGGAGAUAUGCAGCUGUCAAAACAUGUUCGGCACCCCACUGGGCUUUCAAGCUUUCGCCGCCUCGAUGGGUAUUGGAGCAUGUGACAAGGGACUGAAGGAACGUUUCUACGACUUCUUAAAGCACCUCUAUCCCGAGACUUUCUGCGUACCGGGCGAGGACAUGGGCCCCGAUCUCGUCUUCGUGAUGAGGCUGAUCGACGGUCCCGCGGCUGGAAAGCUCUUCUGGGUUUUGAUGCAGGCGAAGAACCUGAAGGAUAAGCUCGCCAAUGAUGCUGCCAGGGAUGCGAUCAGGACGGUCACCCCAGCGCACUUGGGCGCUGCCAAAGUGAAGAAAUGCAAGAAUGCCGCGAGCAAGCGGAAAGCGCAGGACGAGAUCGACGAGAUGCUGGAGGCAAUGAGAACCGGCUUCGACGACAUUGCGGAUGCCCCGAAAGGGACGGAGCACGGCGAGUUCAACGUACUGCGUGUCAUGGCGUGCACCAGGGACAUGGACUGGUAUCGAGUCGACGAGACAUCGAAAUGCCAAAGGAAGCUUGGCGGCAGGAAGCGCUUUGUAUUCGAGGAGGAACUGAUCGACGACGGUCAUCCUUUCGCCACGCUGAACACCGAGUUCAUUGAUGACUUCAUGCGGAAGAAGAAGAUAUCGCCCCUCUAUCAGGUUACGAAGUCCAAGGCCAAGAACAGGACGAAGGUCGCGAGGGCGCCCCCGGGGCACCAGGACGAUGAGCCCGUGGAGGUCCCAGGAUCACGCAAGCGCAAGGCCCCAUCGGCAAAGGAUAGUUCGUCGAAGAAGCCCUGCAAAGCUGAAGAGCCGCCGACUGGGACACGCCGAUCCACUCGGCUGCUGAAGAAGAGUAAAAAGUAGUAGGGGCGACAUUACAUCUAUUUGCGCACGGUUCCACGCUCCCAACUGGGGCACGAGAGUGUGUUAUUGUGAGUGGUACUUAGAUGUGAUGACGAUGUAGAAGCAAAUACUGGUCAUAUACUCGUGUUUUGAGAAGAAUAAGUCGAGGUCGAGGUAGAGGCGAAAAUGUGAGGUAUAGCCACACCCCGGGGCGGCGAGGCGGCGGGGCCGGGGCUACUUUGGGAGACUCGAACUCACGGCCCGAAGACCGAUCAUAAUUCGACGGGAAGCAAAGGCUGGCGAC